CUGAGCGUCAACGGUUGGUGCGAGAGUCGGAGACUUUCCUGAGGGACGACCCGGAAGUGGUUCCUAAAGUAGCCGGCCGCGUGGAAUCGCCUGUGGGGGACUGGGUUGCCGCGACUGCGGCGAUGACCAAAAUAAAGGCUGAUCCGGACGGGCCGGAGGCUCAGGCGGAAGCGUGCUGCGGAGAGCGCACUUACCACGAGCUGCUGGUCAACCUGAACCCCAUCGCGCAGCCCCUGGCUUCUCGCCGCCUCACGCGGAAGCUCUACAAAUGCAUCAAGAAAGCCGUGAAGCAGAAGCAGAUUCGGCGCGGGGUGAAGGAGGUUCAGAAGUUUGUCAACAAAGGCGAGAAAGGGAUCAUGGUUUUGGCGGGAGACACACUGCCCAUUGAGGUGUACUGCCAUCUCCCAGUUAUGUGUGAGGACCGGAACCUGCCCUAUGUCUACAUCCCCUCUAAGACGGACUUGGGUGCAGCAGCGGGCUCCAAGCGCCCCACCUGCGUGAUAAUGGUCAAGCCCCAUGAGGAAUAUCAGGAGGCCUAUGACGAGUGCCUGGAGGAGGUGCGGGCCCUGCCCCCGCCCCUGUGAAGGAAUGGGCAGCACUUGGCACCUGCUCUGGAAACUGUUGGACUGGCAGGGGGCGGCUGGCUGCCUUCCUGCUGUCCACACUCAUAGCAUCUCUCUGUUCCCACGUCUUCUUCCCAGACAACUUCAACAGCUAUUUCAUGAAAGUAAAGCCAAUGCCUUCUCCGUCAGUGCUGUUUCCUGUUGAGCCUACAUGAAGACAGUUCCAAAAAUGUGGAGUGGGGGAAGUAAAUGCUAAGACUAAAAUGUGAGACUGUGGGUGUUUUCUUAAGCAGCAGCUGCUGAUGGGGCCAAGGAGUUGGCAGGCAGGAAAGAGUGGAAACAGCUUUUCCCACCAGAGAACCCAAAGGACUUUAAGAGUGUUCAGUGCUAAUUCCUGGCUGCCCAGGGCCAUGUUCUUAGGCUCAAGCUGAGAACCGAUUCUGCAGCUCACUCCAGAGCUUUCAGUUCCCACUUACAGGGUGGGUGGGAGCUGCAAGAAAAGGCAGCAGGGCCCAGAUCCCAUGUCAUGGAAGCCUGCAGCUCCUAUGUCAGGGACACCUCCAUUCCCAAAGAGGAAUGUCUCCUUCCCCCAGGAACUUCAAAUACCACUGUGAAGCUUAUGGAAGCAAUUUACCCACCACAUGGUAAAUUUUAAAUAAUACAAAGCUAAAUAAACCCCAGGUCAUCUCU